GGGAUGCAAGGCUGGUCAGGAUAACGGACAAGGCUGGGCACGAGCUCCGGCAGGUCGCCGCAAUGCCCGAGGCCGGGCGGUUCGGCAAUGCUGCAGGCUAGCUCCCCACGCGAUUUGUCCUGCGGCUGCCUAACACUGGAGGACAAUUAACCGCUGCACAUGUUGCUGUUGCUAGCCUGCUUGCCCCCAAACAUCGUGAGGGAGAGGCUCACUAGGCCGAGGCUCAACCUUGUGGGGAUGCGAGCCCAUUUGGAGAUGUGGUACUUGUGAUACUGAUAUGCUUCGCCAUAUGGCACUCCAGCAUCUACUUACCUGCUUUUUGAGGUGACAAUUUCCAGACGGGCCAACCUGAGGACAAGGCCGGCCAAUUGCAAAAUAAUGUCUGAUUUCUCCGAGCAUGGAAUUCCAAGCGAAGAAUGGAAAACGCUUGGGGCCGGACUGCCCAAGGCAGUUGCAGGAGACCAGUCAGUGGAAGACUUGAAGCUCGCCACGAAUAAAGGGAGAGAAGACGUCGCAAGGCGAGAGAUGGGACCACUUUCGGACAAGGUCUCGAUCAAAGACCACACAAUCGCGACUCGCGAUGGGUAUGCGUUAGAGGCACGAACAUACCGUCCAUCCUCAACGUCUCCUGGUGAAAGCCUCCCAAUAUACAUGCACUUCCACGGCGGUGGGUUCCUGUUCGGCACCUUGUCCUCCGAAGACGCGAUAUGUUCUCGCAUUGCGAUCAACACUGGAGUUCUGGUCGUCAACAUCAAUUACCGCCACACUCCUGAGCAUGGGUAUCCCGUGGCAUGGAAUGACUCGGAAGAUGCGCUGCAAUGGGUGGCCAAGCACGCCUCCGAAAUUGGCGGCGACGCCGGGAAAAUAGUUGUCGGCGGCGUAUCUGCAGGAGCCUGGCUUUCUGCUGCCCUAACGCAAACGAAUCACAGAGCCCCUGCCGCCGAGAGAUUCAACAUAUUAGGCCAGGUUCUCAUGAUACCCUGCUUGGUGUAUCAGGAGUGUUACCAGACUCAACUUGCACAGCUGAAAGAUCCUGCUGUGUCAUCGUACGUGCAGAACGAGCAUGCUCCCAUAUUACCAGUCAGCCGUAUGCAGUUGUUCAACAGUCUGUUGAAGGUCGAAAAGCCGGACCCUGAAGAUAGAAGGUUGAAUCCUGGACUCGCUACGGCCGUGGACGUCAGUGGUCUACCUGCGACGACGCUGGGAAUAGCUGGCAGUGACCCUUUGCGAGACGAGGGGUUACUUUAUGGCAAGUUGCUUGCAGAGAAUGGUGUGCCAACCACGAUACACGUAUUUCAAGGCUUACCGCAUGGCUUUCGACGAUUCGGAGAGAAAUUAUCGGCAUGUGCCGUGUGGGAUGAUGUGAUGGAGGAUGGAAUAAGGCAAGCAUUGAAGCGACCGCCACGUUCGAUGGAGUAUAAGAUUCAAGUACAUUGACCUGUCACCGCCGACCACAAAGACCAUGCU